AUGUCGGACUACCAAGUAUCGGCGCCAAAGUCGGAGACGCCCAGCACCUGGGCUGACCACAGCUCAUCGACACGCAGCUUCGUGGAGUACUGCAGAGAUCUCUGUGACACUACGACCGUACGCGUAGCGGAGGCGCUGGACCAGUUUGUCCUCGCAAUGGAAGGCUGGAAGCAGAUCCGCGACGAUGAGUUACCUAUCCUGGUGUUGUGGAUCGAUGCGACGCUGGAGAAGUAUCGCAGUGCGUUUCUGCGAGAUCUUCACGACGGAACGGCAUACAGAUCGGAAGCAGCCUUGUGGUUCUCCACGGCAAACCCGGAACGCAGAAUCCUCGCGGAUGUAGUGGCAAGCAUCCCAGUCAGAGACGGUAAGGAGGUUUGUCUCCACUAUAUAUCUCAACGCGGCUGCAACCCGCACGACCCGGACCACUGCACGUUCAAGAACCGCCUCCACUUUGUACCAGCCUCCAUUGCACUUAAGCUUCGUAACUACAUCACGUCUCGCCUCGGCGGUGUCUGCAAAAUGCUGAGCGACAAGUGA